AUGCUGGGAGCACAUCCAGAGUAUGGGGCCUUUGUCAACCCAAGUAAGACGUUAGUGAAUUUUGACACAAGUGUGGGAGGUGUCAAGAUCAACCGCCCUGUCGAUAUAGAUGAGUUUCCAUAUUGUGGCAUUCUCUUGAAUACGAGGAACUUGGAUAUCAGUAAGGAUACGACGAAGCUGAUUCGGGCUGGCAUGGAUUGGCUUACUAAAGUCGAGUAUUCGAAAAUGCCUCAGCAAGCACUCCGCAGAAAAGCACGACAAGCCUUACAAAUGCAAUCCCAUCGUAUGUACUUCGAAACUGAGUACAACAAUUUCACUACAGUGUUGAAGAACCUUUACCAUAAUUUCACUCAGGCCGCGCACAAAGUCUAUUAUGGAGCAAAAGUACUGAAAGUACACUAUCAUCAAGACCUACUCCAAGCAUCGACAUGGACCUAG